GCUGCUCGGAAGUGUAUUGACUAUUGUCACGGCCUGUCCUAGAUCAUAGCUAUUGCGUUGUACAAUGAACUUUAAGGAAAAGGUUAUACUCAUAACAGGAGCCUCGUCUGGUAUCGGCGAAGGAACAGCUAAAUAUUUAGCACGUUUAGGUGCAACAUUGAUACUGACUGGUCGAAAUGAAAAGAAUUUAUGCCAAGUGGGAGCCGCAUGUGAAGCCAUAUCGAAGCAAAAACCACUGCUAUUAGUUGCGGACGUAACAAAGGAGGUAGACAAUAAACGAGUUAUUGAAGAAAUUGUUUCCAAGUUUGGACGAUUGGAUGUGUUAAUUAAUAACGCAGGUAUACUUGGUACCGGAUCGAUCGAAAAUACAAGUCUUGAGCAGUAUGAUGAAAUAAUGAAUACUAAUGUAAGAUCUGUGUAUCACUUGACCAUGUUGGCAGUACCACUUCUGAUUGAAAGCAAAGGUAAUAUAGUGAAUGUUAGCAGUGUUGCAGGCAACCGAUCUUUCCCCGGGAUCUUGGCUUAUGGAGUAUCUAAAGCGGCAAUUGACCAGUUUACUCGUUGUACUGCCUUAGAACUAGCACCGAAACAAGUAAGGGUGAACGCAGUCAACCCAGGAGUUAUUGUUACCGAUAUUCAUAAGCGGGGUGGUAUGGACGAAAAGGCUUACGAGGUAUUCCUUGAAAAAUGUAAGCAAACCCAUGCUCUUGGUCGACCCGGUGAGCCAGAGGAAGUAGCAGCAACAAUUGCUUUUCUAGCAUCAGACGAAGCUAGUUUUAUUACAGGUGUAACACUCAAUGUCGAUGGAGGGCGGCACGCAAUGUGUCCGAGGUAGAACGUGCUGGUCCACAUUAAUCCUUGAAUGAGUUGGGUGGUUUCAAUUCAAAAUACCGGAACCGCUUCAAACCAUCUGACCAGAGAAAGCGAAUUAAAUGGUUAAAAUAUUAGUUGGUCUGAUGUUUAUUGUUAAUCGGUAUAAUAAUCGGUGCCUUAUAAAUAUAUUGAAUACGUUUUCAAAAAGGAUAUGGCCAAACUGA